GUGACAUCAGCCAAUGCAGCUUUAUGAACAAAGUGCGCCUCUCCCUAACAGGCAGAUGUGCGUCCAGUCCUCUUGCAUCAGUGGACUUUGUGGCUUGAAGCCAAACGGACUGUGCGGUGCAGAAUCACCACUCCGUGCAGACUUUAGGCUGGACGCCUUUUAUGCACGCAUGUUUUUUCUUCUGUACUGAAAAUCAAAGUUUGGAAUUACUGUUAUUUUAAAAGUGCGUGCGCUUUCACUGAAUGCGUGAAAUAGCUGUGGACAUUUGGAGAUUUUUUUGAAGAGACUCAUUCUAAUGACCGCUGAGACGCGUUCAUUUCUGGAACUGCACAAAACCCCCAUGGAUUUCGUCAGUGACUUCGACUUAAUGAAGUUCGGCAUCAAGAAGGAGGCGCUGCAGGGGAUGGACCGCUCGUUCGUCGGGCCGUGCAGCCAGCUCCAGACACCAGACUCUGUCUCCUCCACCCCUGGCAGCACACCUUGUAACUCGGUACCCUCAUCACCAAACCUCAAUCCAAACGAGCACAGAAAUAACCCGGGAAGCGACCAGUUCUGGAUAGCCAACAACGGGGGUUACCCUCAGCAAAUGUACCCUCAGUCUUUUGGCCUGACACCCGAGGACGCAGUUGAGGCCCUCAUCGGCGUCACAGCGCAGCAGGGCCACCCAUCUGCGCCCCAUAGUCACCAUCCGCCACCUUUCCAAGCUGAAUACGAAGGGUACAACCACCUGAACGAGCCUGUCCAGCACUACCCGGGACUCCCAGGUCAUCCAGACAUGCAGGGCAUGCCCAGCAGUCACUGCCAAGACCCCUAUCUCAAGGAUGACCUGGGAAGUGCGUCCCCUCAGUCGCCAGAGGUCCAGCAGGUCCUCGGUGCGCACCAUCAUCUCCAGCAGCAGCACAGCCGCCACGACAGACGAUCCAAUCCUGAGAUGCACUUCUCAGACGAUCAGCUGGUGUCUAUGUCAGUCAGGGAGCUGAACCGUCUUAUCAGAGGCCUCAGCAAGGACGAAGUGAUGCGUCUGAAGCAGAAGCGCCGAACCCUGAAAAACAGAGGUUACGCACAAUCCUGCCGCUAUAAACGCGUACAACAGAAACACAUUUUGGAGCACGAAAAGACCAGCCUGGUGUCACAGGUCGAGCAGCUGAGACAGGAACUCAAUAGACUGAUCCGGGAGAGGGAUGCAUACAAACUUAAAUGUGAGAAUCUGUCCGGCGCCGGCUCUUACCACGAAACUGGGUCCACCAGUGACAACCCUUCCUCACCCGAGUAUUUAAUGUGAGUUUGUUAAUUUACUGCAGAAGUGAUUCUUUUAGGGAGGCAUUGACGCGUUGACAACUCGCCUUGUUCCUUCACAAACAAUCUCAUGGAUUCAUCAAGCUUUAAAUGAUGUUGAACGUUGGGAUAUCACCGAAGUAAUUGUAAUAACUACAUCGAGGCAACAAGUUAUGAAUGGAAAAUUACAAUGAAGCACGCAUGCAGGACAUGUAGGCUAUGAGAUGUUUUUAUUUUAUACAGGCUUAUACAGACAUUUUACCUGAGAGGAGAUACUUGAAAUCAGAGAAUAUUUCCCUUUAUUAAUAUACAACUUAAACCCUUCUGCUUCAGUUAAAGCUCAGUUUUUAUUUUGAUGAUUUUGCUUUGCUUAGUCUUUGUAGCUCAGGUGAUAUUUUGUGAUCAGCUUCCUUAGAAAAGAUGCCGAUAAUAAUGAUGCUAGAAAUUGCAUUUAUAUUAUUUUGUAUGAAACUUCUUCUGCCGGACAGAUGUAUUUUUAUUUGCUUUAAAAAAAAUAUAUAUAUAUAGUAUACACUUAUGCAAAUUGUUUCAUCUACUAUGUUUUCAUUUACCAUGGAUCAAUAAACCUAUUG